CAAUUGCAAAUUCUACCUAAACCUAAAAUGCACUCUUACUAUAAAAACUCGUAAUACUUCCGAAAUUAUUAUCAGUCACUGUUUGUUCUUAACCUGAAACACACUUUCAAAAUAAUCAAAUAUAUCCAGUAAAUAACCUAUCAUGAAUUGCAAAAUUGCACUAGUUUUUCUGGUUGUCCUUGCAGUGGUUCUCAAAUCUUCCCAAGGAAAAAGCAUUCACGACAUAAAAGAUGACCUAGAAGAUGCUAAAAAGACUGUAGUUAUUAAAAAGCUUGCCAUUGCUAAAGGUGUUGCAGCUAAAAUAAAACUAGCUGCUUUUAAAAAAUGGGUAGCAUUAAAAGCACUUGCUAAGGCUCCGUUUGUCCUGGGAAAGAAAGCAGCUCUAUUAAAAAUUGAAGGUAUCAAAUCCUUGGCAGCUUACAAAGCUGCUAAGCUAAAGAAAGUUUUAGGUUAUGCUGCUGAAAAAACUGCUCCAGCAGUAGCAGUUGUAGCAGGUAUUCCAGCUGCAGCUGUAGCAGCUAUACCAGCUGUACUUAAACCUAAACCUGUGACACACUCUGAAUUGGGUCAUCAUACUGAAGUGGUUGAUAUUUAUACAUAUCCUGGACAUGGACAAAAUUACCAAGAAGCACAACAUCACAUUCCAGCAAACAGUCAUUAUUAUAAGAGUGGUCUAGAUGCUCCUCGAACUUAUACCAAUGAUUAUAGCUUGGUUCCUGAAAAUAAUUCGGGCAGCCAGUACUACCCCGUUUCUGAUAUUAUCCAACCACACGAAACUUAUGGUGUUCCAGCAAACUAAAUGCUUAUAACAGUUUUUAGUACAUAGUUAUUUAUA